AUGCCUCUGGGCUUUGAGCGCCUCAAUGAGCGCACGCAGCGACCAAAUGCGCUGAUCAACUUCAUACGAACGAUACCAGGACCUUCCUCCUCCACCGCCGAGAACAUCCUCAAUCGCGUAGCAGCGGUAUGCUACCCCUUCAUGAAGUCGAACAUGAUCCUCGUACAAGCACUCGAAGAAUAUCCCUACAACACCGAGUUCGUUGGCCGCAACUUCAACGCCGGAGAAGUUAUCCAGCUUGUGCUGCGCGAUCGAAAUGGGAGGUGGCUUCCACAGCGCAUGGUGGAGAUGGUCAUGGUGCAUGAGCUGGCACAUUGCAAGCAAAUGAACCAUUCCAAAGCAUUUUGGAAGGUGCGCGAUGAGUAUGCGGUAGAUCUGAGAGGCUUGUGGGCGAAGGGUUACACUGGGGAGGGUAUGUGGGGAAGAGGAAGAGGUCUGGAUACGGGAGCGUUGCAAAUGAAUGAGGCAGAUGCAGCAGACAUACCGGAACAUUUGUGUGGUGGCACAUACGGAAGACGUUCCGGGAAGAGGAAGCGGGGCGGCAAAGACAAGCCGACACUGUCAUACGCAGAGAGGAAGCAGCGCCGCAUACUGAAGAAAUUUGGUGCAAACGGUCAAUCUUUGGGUGCCGACGACGACACUAAGGUCAAGCUGGAGGGCGGCGUACCUAAGAAAGGCAAACCUAGGGUCGCUGGCAGUGCGCGCGGAAGAGAGCUCCGAGCUGCAGCUGCAUUGGCACGAUUUGAGCCUGUCAAGAAAGAAGAGGUCACAAUCAAGAAGGAGGAAUCCUCGUCUGACAGUGAGACGGAAGACGAGUCGAGCGAACAAGACGCAGCUGUAGACAUUGAUGGCAAGAAGAUGACUGACGACCAAGGUCGGUUCUUGAUUAAGAUCUGCGACGACGAAGAUGAUCAAGAUGGCAACGCGCGUCGCGAGUUCGAUGAGAUUCAGGGCAUAGCACCACGUAAGGCAGCGAAGACGACCGCGCCUAAAGCGAAGACAGCGACAGCUAGCUCAAAACCACCGCUGAAAACAACACAGACGAACAAGGCGAGGGCGAAGCCCGUCGAACCGCAAUCAAAAGGCACGAACGAGCCAUCUUCGAGCAAGGUGGUACACUUGGACGAGGUCUGGAAACGGCGGCCCAACCCAUCGUCGAAAGACGAUACGAGUAGUUCAAGAGUACAAGCACCACCUAAACCUACAGCCUGCAUCAUAUGCUCUCUCGAGAACGAGGGUGCAGCACUUACGUGCGCCGCUUGUUCACACGUCUUGAAGCCGGACUUUGUUCCAGACCACUGGGCAUGUGAUAGUGCAGCUUGCGAGGGUAGCGAGUACCUCAACUCUGCGGAUGUUGGAGCUUGUGGCGUUUGCGGUGCGUUGAAGGCGAAGGAAUGA